CUGAGCCUACCUCCUUCUUCCCCCUGCCUCGCCAGAAAUCGCCCUCCCGGACUGCCGCGGGGGUCCCCGCUCCUCAGCCCGCCAUGUCCCGGCUGCUGCCGCUGCUGAGGAGCCGGACCGCGCGCAGCCUGAGGCCCGGCCCGGCCGCCGCCGCCGCCGCCGCCGCGCCCCGCCCGCCGUCCUGGUGCUGCUGCGGGCGGGGGCUGCUGGCGCUCGCGGCCCCUGGCGGCUUCCGAGGGCUGGGCACCCACCCCAAGAAGGAGCCCAUAGAGGCGCUGAACACGGCGCAGGGCGCGCGCGACUUCAUUUACAGCCUGCACUCCACCGAGAGGAGCUGCCUGCUCAAGGAGCUGCACCGCUUCGAGUCCAUUGCCAUCGCCCAAGAAAAGUUGGAAGCUCCACCACCCACCCCAGGACAGCUGAGAUAUGUAUUCAUCCACAAUGCGAUACCUUUCAUAGGGUUUGGCUUUUUGGAUAAUGCAAUUAUGAUUGUUGCAGGAACCCAUAUUGAGAUGUCUAUUGGAAUUAUUUUGGGAAUUUCAACUAUGGCAGCUGCUGCUUUGGGAAAUCUUGUGUCAGAUUUAGCUGGACUUGGACUUGCAGGCUAUGUUGAAGCUUUGGCUUCCAGAUUAGGCCUGUCAAUUCCUGACCUUACACCAAAACAAGUGGACAUGUGGCAAACACGUGUUAGUACACAUUUUGGCAAAGCUGUUGGGGUGACUAUUGGCUGCAUUCUAGGAAUGUUUCCUUUGCUUUUCUUUGGAGGAGGUGAAGAAGAUGAAAAACUGGAAAAGAAAAAUUAACCCUCUUAGAGUAUCUAUAAAAAAAUGUAAACUAAUGUACCUCAAUUACUAAAUAUGCUGUCACAACAUUUAGGAAUUAAGACAAUAACAGUGCAUAGAUAUGGGAUCAAAUAAUUCAGCAUGUAUUAUGGAAAACACUAACUUAUUGUGGCUUGGUUUUCUUAGGACAUCUUUUUAAAAAAUGUUUAGUAUCCAUUUUGUGUAAAUUGUUGAAAUGCUUUUUCAUCAAUGGCAGUCAACAUUUUACCUUUUUCUUUUUCUUUAUAUAUCAAAAUAUCAUUUAAGUAUCAGUCAUUGACGUACUGUACUGAGUGGGGGUUUGCGUAUUUGUUACUUUAUGUGUGUGCAUGCAUGAAAGGAUCUUCUGUCUUUGCUGUUGUUCUGUAGUUACAACUCAGCCUUGAGAUUUUUGCCACAUUACUUAAGGUGUUUAAUAUAAGUUAAAGUUUUUUUUUUUUUUUACUCUAUUUGGCAACAUCAAUUUUGUACUCAUUUACAUUGAACAUUUACAGUCAUAAUUUUAGUCAUUUUUUAAACUCUUACUCAAUUCAAGAUAGACACACACUUUAAGCAUUUUAAGUAUCUAUUACUCAUUUUAAUUUUCUUAUUACCUCACUGUCUCAAGAGCCAGAGGUUUAAUCAGAAUGAAUAAUUAUGUGGUGUCUCUACUACGUAUAUUAUUUUCAGUUGAUUUUUUUAAUCUUUAAUUUCUCCAUUUUGAAUCAUAACAUGGUAGCUUCUGUUCCUAAGGGGAAGAAAAUGAUUAUUUUAGGGUCUUUUAUAAAUGGGGGUUGUGGAAUUAGGGUAAAAUAAGGGGUUUGACAUGACACUUGGAGAUUAAGAGGCUAAAAAUUUUUUUAGAGAAAAAGAAAAUGGGAACUGUCAAGAAGGCUUAUGGUAUAAGUGGUGAAGUUGAAGUUGUGUUUGGAAGGUUAAUGAGAUACAAAUUCUAUUGUUUGGGAUGGAUUUCUUUUUCUCCAAAGCAUCUUCUCAUCUGAAUUGAAUGAAUCUGAGUACUCCAUACUCACAAUCCUGAUGUCUUGUUUAGUGAAUUUUAUUUCUGGAUAACUACUUUGAGGUGAAGACUAAAUAUUUUAUAUUUUUCUUUUUUGCUAUGAAUAGUCUAGUAGUCAAAAGUUAUGUGAGGAAGAAUCUUUUUUUUUUUUGGUCUUCUUCUUUUGUGAUGUUUAAAUAACAUUCUAGGUUGAGAUUGCUUUUCAGCCUUGCAUAUCUAACAUAUAUAGUACAACUAUAUAUAUGAGUCAUAAAUUUUAAUUUUAUGAGCCCUUAAAGUUUGUUAGCAUGUGGUCUGUUACAUAUGCUAAAAAAUUACUCUUACUUGUAAGAGUAAACACAUCAUGGAGGAGAAAAACUGAAAUUAAAAUAACUGGGUCACUGAAAUUAUUUAUGUUGCUAAAUAGAUGCAAAAGAAUGAAAGCUUCUAAGAUGGCUGUAUUUAUAGUUACCUUAAAGUUUUAUUUGCACAUGUUUACUUUGACCUCUUAUUUUCAGAGGGGCUGUUUUUUCCCACAAGGCACUUUGUCAUAAAUUACCCUCUGUGCACUCCAAAAUAAUUCAGAGCUCUCCUUUAAUCAUAGAUUUUUGAGGAAAAAGAAGAAAAUAAAUCAUAUAAUAUAAAAAUAAAUAUAUGACAUUCUUAUUAUGUACAAAUAAUACAGUAGUCUCAUUUGAUCAAAUUAGAAGUAUAGAACUUGACUUCGUAAACAGAAUUGUGGUUUUUAUGUUCCACAUAGUACUACAUACACACCAAAAAGAAUUUUUUUUAUUAUUUUAGCUGGUAGGAUUAGAGUGCUUAUUUAAACAAUUUUUUUAAAUGUCUAAGUGCAUUUGUUCCUAACUUGUAUAUUGCCAGUCCUUUCUGUUUUCUAAAAACUAUUUUAUUGUGGUGCUUAAAUUUUCUUAUUAAUUAAAUCCCAUAUCCAGAAACCUUGCCUGUGAGUUAGAAAGGGCUUUGAUUAUUGGUUUUCACUUUUUGCUCUUGAAAGUAAUCCAGUCCUACAGAAGCUUUCAGUUUAGCUGAAUGUCUGCAGAAUUAUUUAAGGUGUCAAAACAUAGCAUAUAUAACCUUCAUGUUGAAAGAUAUUUUAAUUUGGGGGCAUAAUAAAUAUUUGAAUCAUUCAGAUAAUUAACUUUCAAAAAAUGGAGACCUUUUGUCCUUAACCUAAGGUACACAUCUUCUCAAGAUCUUAUUCUACAUGAGUAUUGGUGCUUGGCACAAAGUGAUUUCUGAAAAAUGGCUCCCUUUAAGAGAUAAUGACUUCAUAAAAACAUAGUUUCAUGGUACUUGUCACAAAUAACCUUAUUUCAGAUUGAAACUGGAAUCUUUUUUCUCAUAUUAGCUAUUUCUUUAUUGGAAGCACCAUAACUAUAGUUAAAUACAACAUGAGCUACUUUAGUACCGUUUGUUUGAAAUUCAUGUUGUCUCUGUAUUAUGAUUUAUUGACUUGUUGAUGCAUGUGAAUUGGGUGCAUUUUGUUGCCACUGUAUGUUAAAUGGUGACCAAUGUUUUUACAAAGGAAUUGAACAAAAAAAAUAUCUUUUAAGAAAUUUGGAAUGUGGUUUUGAUUUGAAAUUUGAUUUUCUUCCUAAUCUCUAAGAGAGUGCUCUGGUUAUUCUGUCACUAAAGGAAAUAGAAUAAAUAAAUGCAGAUUUUUUUA